CUAGAACAAUCCUUGAGGACGCUAGUUACCAUAUUCGCCUCGCAGAUUUCGGACUAUCGGAUUUUUUCGAUGCCUCUUCUGCCAGUGUCAGCUCUGCGACUACCGGCACAGCUCAAUAGAUGGCUCCCGAGAUUUUGCGCCCAACGAAUUACGGUCUCGAACAUGUCCGCCACACGUCGAAAGCAAACUUCACUCAUUUGCAAUGUGCAGUUGAGCGGUGAGCUUAGUCCCGAGGUGGGCGGUUGCGUAGCUUAUUGUCUCUGCUGGAUCUUUGGCGGCGGUUCCCCUUCCGCGGUUGCCUAGCAGUAAUGCCCCCCCUGGCUAUCUGCGAUAGCGAGCGCCCAUCGCGGGAUACAGGCAGCUAUGCCCUCCCAGAACCACUGUGGGUCCUGUUGACGCGUUACUGGCAAGAUAAAGCGAGGGAUAGGCCUAGCUCGUCGGAACUCUAUCAGGAACUUCGUCAUAUCUCCUCGCCUCGUGCUCCCAAGGACGUGGCCUCUGACAACCAGCCAGAGAGCGAUGGCGGUACGCUCAGCACGCGCACGGUACCUAAGUCUCGUUGCACUGCGCAGUCUACCACGUCUGUUUGGCGUUUCACCCACUGCACACGUCACGAAGCCCGCACAUCAGCCUGGCGGCUAUGUCAAGCCCAACACCGCAGACGAUCCGCAACCUGGCAAGCACCUACCCUGACGCCUCGUUCCGCAGAUGACAUAUCGGCCCCCGCAACACCAAGCACUGACCGGCAGGAACGCAUUACCCGUCAUAUUCUACGUUUUUGAUCCGCGCGGCUGCGGGAUCGGCUGUCUCGACGCGUUCAACAGACUGUUCGCGGAGCUGAAGAAUGCGGACGAGAUUGCCGAGUGUCGAGGCUCCGUGGUUCUGAGAAUCUGCCUUAAACGCGGCGCUUAUAUGAACAGGGGAUAUCUAGUGGCCUGAUUACGAGCCCUGGUCGGUUUUCAUCUUUGCCCAAAUAUCGCUCGGGCAGACCUGGCGGAGCAUGUCAGUCGUUGUACACAAGCUUUCCUCAAUCUGCGGCCUGCUGGCGCUCCUCCUAACGCAGUUUGCGGGAAUCGUCAGCGAAGUGUUUGAGCGCUGAUACGCGUUGGCGGCUGAGGCCUGGUGCCAUCGCAUUCUCCGACCUCGAGCUAGUCGGUCUUCAGCCCGUGGCCGCGCGAAACUAGCAGGUCCAUUUCCGGGUACGCCAAACGGCACCUCCGGCAGCCUAGCCUGCACUGGCGGCUCCUAAACACUUGGUCAUCCUCCCCUCCAAUUCUGUCGUCCAGCUCUCUUGCUUCAAAUACACCUCAUCAAAGUUGAAUACUGAGCCGCCUGAACGCAAGGGUUUCUGACUACCUAGCGUCUCAAUGACCGCUUGCUAGAUGAG